GCGGGCGCUGGCGCGGGGUGCAGAGCCGCGGGGCCCUGCGUCAGGGGAGCCUGGCAGCGCGGGGGCUCCCUCGGUUUGGUGAGAGGCAGGACGUGGCACAUCGUUCCCCUUGUGUUGUCACGGAUAGAAACGGCGGCUCGGUAAGGUCCGUCACGUGCAGGUGUGACAUAACAGACUCUUGGAUCGGGAGCGAACCGGGGCUAAUACCAGUUAAAUCACACCACGUCACACGGGAAUCAGACACGUUGUGGUUUCUGAAAAUGUUUUAUUGCUUGCACUUAGAAGAUGCUUUCUGGAAUCUCCCUGGACAAAUGGAAGGCCAUAGUACUCCAUAAAAACAGCAGUGAUCCAAUCUCAGAUGCAGAACUGAGUAAUAAGCAGUGAGAAUGAGUAGUGCUGCUGCAGAAGGAUUACAAUUAGGCCAGAAUCAGAGCUGUUCAUUCAGUCUCCUAACAGGGGCUUCCAGCACCUUUUAGAACACCCUGACUCGCCUAAGACAUCCAUAUGAGGCUGUCAGGAUAAGGAGACCCAUGUUCUUCUGGAGCACAAUGUGAUUGAAAAGUGGGACACUGUAUAGCUGCCUGAUUUUAGACGACAGCACUUUAGUAUCUGCAUUGACCUCCAUGAUGUCAGAAUGUCAUUGUGCAACCGUAGCUAAGAAAAGCCUCUGAGAAAAAAAAAAAAACAAAGGAGCUUUGCAUCUUCCAAUAACAUGAGAUGUGCAUAUACAGUGGACUCAGCCAUUGCACACGCAGAUUUUGAUAAGAGUUUGAAAUUCCUACUACUAUAUCACUGUAGAAUUUGGAGUUUGCUAACAGUGUUAGUGACUGGAGCUCAUCUUGCAUCACCAGUUGAUGACAAUUUUCUUUGUUCCCUCCCACCCAGUUGAACCAAGACUCUGUAGCUGAUACGCAAUGUCACUUACAACAUUAAUCAGAUACUGCAUUUAAGGUAGGAGGCACGUCGAAUCUAUUUUUAACUCUUACGCAGUCCACGUUGUGCAAUGGGCUUUGGUUGUUGAGUUUAUAUUUUCAGCUGUGAUAUCAAUAGGCUGAUUUUCAGUAAAUGUGACAAGUGGCCUUUGCAGUGGUCAGCUUCAAGCUUUGAACCCUCUGAGGAGGAGAGAAAAAAAAAAAAACAACCUUGUGUUGCAGUUUCGGAAAACCUUGGAUGAGGACAUUUUUUUUUCCCCACUCCUGCUUUCCCUAUUGAUAAACUCGGUUCUCCUGAUCACGGUCUAUUCAAGCUGCUUCCCAUCUGAUUUUUGACAACUGCUUCUAAAAAAUUAUCAAGAAGACCAAGAAUAGAACUUAUCUCCAUCGCUUUACAUAAAAAUGGCUGGGUGCAUUGCCAUGCUAACACUGCACUAAGUGGUGCACGCAGGCUGAUACACAGUAGCCACAAAGUUCACAAAAUUACUGAGAUGGUUUUGCCGAAAAUACCUGUUGAUACCACAUUUAAAAGACUCUAACAGAAGAACAACCUGAUUUUAGGCAGUCUGAAAUACUCUUAAGGAAAGAAUACCAUGUGCCAUGAGUUGCAGAAGUGAGAUUAUCAGACCUCAGCAAAGCAUCCAAACAGCACCACUUCAGUAACGCUGGAACUGUUUUAUACAUUUUAAAGGAGUAAAAGUUUGCUGAUGAUUUUCUCUGUAUCUUGCAAUUUCACCACAUAAGUAAUCCACUGAUAAACUACUUGGACUCUAUUUUAAAAUAACAUAUUUGUGUGAUGUUAUGUGCAAUCAUUUAUAUGUCUAGUGGGAAUUGGUACACAUACGCUAGCAAGGUUGCUAUUUUUAAAGUGUGUAAUUUUUACUGUGGCUUAUACCCUGAAAUCAGGACUGCAGAUGCAGAUAAAUCUUGUCCAACUUCCCACAGAUACCAGUGCCAGUCCAUUCACAUAGGUCUGACUACAGCACCAGUUCCUCCAUUUUCUUUUCAUGCAAUUGGUUCUACAUGAAACAUUAUAAUGAGAAUGUAACAUCCUGGGUGCGGCUAAGAUGGCCUUAUAAAGAAUUUCUUACUCUGAAGAGUAUUUUUAAUACACCAGGAGAUGCUGGGACUGUGAAUUUCAAAUAGCUCAUACUAUUUAUAUAUAAAUGGAAAUUAGCACCUUCAAUUAAAAUACUAGUCACAGAAAAAUUUUUAUUUUUUUAGUGGAUGAGCUGAAAUUGCCUUAAGAAAACACCCUAUCAACUAAAAAAAAAAAAAAAAAAAAAAAAAAGUCCGUUUUCUCCACAUCUAUUACAUUGUCUAUAGAUAUUAAGACUGCCAGAGCAUCAAAUGUAUCUGCUAUACAAAUGAUGGUUAUGCCUCUGAUUUUCAAAACAAUUUUAAAUAACCAAUUUUACUUAAGAUUUAGGAGGAAUUCAUAACCUUAUCUUCCUUAAAUGUUUCAUGUAAUCUAAAAAGAUACUUGUAUUUAUUGUUGCUUGCCUUGCUGCUGCUCACUAAUGCAUUUCUUUCUUUAAAGGAUUACAACAGGUUUAAUUUAAUCCAUAUUAUUGCAUUGUUACGGACAACACAUUUGUCACAAGCACUUCUUAUGAGACUUGUGUCAGAAAUCUUUAUUUAUAUAUAUAUUACAUAUAUGCACCUAGAACAAUAUUAAAGAAACAACAGUAGAUAAGCAAUAGACAAAGUCCAUGUUUAAAAGUAACCUACAUGUGAGUUAUGAAACUCUGCUUCUUAGUUAGGUUGGAAUAAAAAAUAAGGUUGUGAAAACUUUGGGACACACUUUGCUUUUGCAAUCCAUAUUGCUGUGUUCUUCAACUGUUCCACCUCCCAUAGCUGUUGGUAAACAGCUACUGAUAAGAACAGCAGUUUGUCAUGAGAUGAAAGAAACUAUUUUUUGGUAGCAUAGAGUCCAAAGCUAAAAAGAUACUUAUUGCUUCAGUACACAAAUUUAUUUGUAAGAAUUCCAGUGAUCCAGAAGCAGUAAUUAACUCUCCACAGAGAUGUUCAGUAUUUCUAAGAUGUUUUUUAAUGUGGAUUGUGUAAAAUAGUUAAAGAAGAGGGAUGUACACGAGUGUUAAAUUACAACAAUUUCCUGACAAGAAUAAAUUUAUUUCCAUAUCUUUUAAACAACCAGGAAAGCAUAUGAUAGUUCCAAGGCAGAAUUGCUGGGAAAAAGACCUCCCCUCCUUAUAAUAGUGUAUAUUAAGUUGAUACAGUUUUCUCAGAUAAGCAGCAUUUAUCAUGAAGGAGCUCUAGCAAAGUUCUAACAUCCAGGCCCAUCAAGGGUGACAAUUGUGAAAUUGUUUAUGCUUCUGGAUUUUGUUUAAAAGGAACUGGUUCCUACUAUUCAGUGCUCCUAAGGCAUAGGCUUAAUAUUUGAAAACGAAGUAAACUGUCCAGCAAAACCUCAUACAAUAUAACAUGUAAAAAUGAACACAGGUUAGUCUUAGGCAAAAUUAGUUUUUUCAAGCAAGCUUUAAGACAAAAGCAAAUUGUCACGUUUUUCCAACAGUGUUUUCCAUCUGUCUCAAAGCUGUUUUUCUCUAAACUUUAUGAUUCCAAGUACUGGAAAAACAGGUUUUGCUAACUAUGUAAAGUGGGAGGCAGAGAGAGAGAAUAUAUAGUAAGACUGUACCAAAUAUAUUGGAGCAUCUGGUUAAAUGAAGUGAAGCUAAGCAUUUGUUAGUGGUUAUGAAGCAGUAAUAGUAUUGUUGUGUUUGUUUCCUGAGGCAGUAAAUAAUCUGAAGAAACCGAAAUUUGAAAAUAAACAUCCUCAUGAUACUGUAUGAGUUUCUGUAUAUACUUAAAACAAUAUAUAUAUAAACAGGUAAGGAAAAUAAAGUAAAUGUGACUAGGCUUCAGUAACAAAUGUAAUUUAUUCCAGAUACUGAUUUUUCAAGGAAGUACUUAAUCUGUCCUUUUUAGUGAGAACUUGCAGGAGUUCUGAACGGGACUACGUACCUCCGCAAAUGCUUUCUCCCUAUGGAAAAGGCUUUGAAAGAGAGAAAGAAAGGCAAUAAAAAUCCUUUUGUUCUGUUUAGGAGGAAUUCUAAACGAUGUGGACAAAACUGGACCGAUGACCAUGGAGGGAGGGGUUGGAUAUAGGGCACACUGGAUUUCCUCAUUUUUCUAAAUUUACAGUCCUUGCAUAUAAACAACUUGUCCGAUACGCUCCGUACCCCAGCUGGCUGCGUUAAUUAAGCACAACGCAUUUGCUGUGAAAUAAGCACGUGAAAAAAAAAAAGAAAAAAAAAAAAAAAUAACGCAGCCGCCAGCCGAGGAGGAAGGCGAGCCGGGGCGCUGGAACCAGCCCGCAUUUCACAAGCCACAGGCAAAUCUGAUUACCGGGGAUUAUCGGAGCAAAAUGGCUGCUGCGCCCUGCUGCUGCCGGCCGCGGGCCGCGCGCCGCGGCGGGGCUGGCGGGCGCCGGGGGCCUCGCGCCGCCGGGAAGAUGGCACCUGUCACCGCGCGCUGCGCCCGCGCGCCCGCCGCGCCCGGCCGCUGAGCCGCCGCCGCCGCUGCUGCUGCUGCUCGCCUCUUCCUCCCCGCUUAGCGAAAACCCCGCAGGCAUGGUUUAUAAUCGCCAGAUGACAGUCAUGUCCCAUUCAAAGGAUCUCAAGGACGACUUCCACAGUGACACUGUACUUUCCAUUUUAAAUGAACAGCGUAUUCGGGGUAUUUUAUGUGAUGUCACCAUAAUUGUGGAAGAUACCAAAUUUAAAGCCCAUAGUAAUGUGCUAGCAGCUUCAAGCCUUUACUUUAAAAACAUUUUUUGGAGUCGUACUAUCUGUAUUUCAGGUCAUGUGCUGGAGUUAGAUGAUCUCAAAGCUGAAGUGUUUACAGAAAUACUGAAUUACAUCUACAGUUCCACAGUAGUUGUUAAGAGGCAGGAGACUGUAACGGACCUUGCAGCUGCAGGGAAAAAACUGGGGAUAUCAUUUCUAGAAGAUCUUACAGAUAUUAAUUUUUCAAGUUCCCCCUGCCCCUAUGCAUACUGUAUUAAUGAAAAAGGGACUGUCAAAGAGGAAAAAAACGAAAAGAGACAUGAAGACUCCGCUGUGACAAAUGGACCACGAAUUACGAAUGCAUUCUCAAUUUUUGAAACGGAAAACAGUUUGUUUUCUCCACUUGAUUUGAGGGCAAGCUUUAAAAAGGUAUCUGAGACAAUACAAGCUCCCAACAUCAGCCUCGACAGAAGCGACGCUUGCAAGGAUGCUGAGCCAGCCAGUACACUGGCUGAACAUUCCUAUGCAGUUUCUUCUGGGGGAGAUUCUUUUCAAGGAACACCUUUUCUUGAGCAGGACAGCAGCCCUUCAUACAAGAUGGGUGAAGACCACUAUGAAAAUCUCCAAGCCACACCCCUCACUCAGCCGGGAAAGCAAGCAUGUAGUACUCCUAAAACAGCCUUUAAGCCCCAGGGUACUGGUUUGGCUAUAGCAAAAGUACCGGCCUCUACAGUAACCACUACAGAAGCCCAAAAUGAAACAGUUACUGAUCAGACAAUUAUUUCUUUUCCAAAACCUCAAAAUAAAGCAGGAGAUUUCCAUUUACCCAGAGAAGAGGAAAACAAUUCUGCUAAUGUAUCUGGAUCCACCGCAACUGUCGUUCCACCUGUCUACAGUUGUAACUGUUGUGCACAAUCAUUCAAUGACAGGGCAUUACUCAGUACUCAUCUCCAGCUCCAUCCAGAGCAUCAGGAAACUUUCAUAUGCAAAUACUGCAGCAAACAAUUUGCAAAUCUAAAUAUACUAGAAAGUCAUGAACAAGUCUGCAUGAGAUCCAGUAGCUUAUCAGUUCACAAUGGAAAUGAACAAAAUUUUGCAGAUAACUAUUCUGCUACAGACGGAAGGAAUGGCAGUUCAUUUGCAAACGCAGAGUCUCUAUUGUCUGAAAACAGCAUCACUGAUUACUCUAACACAAACUGCACUUUACCAGAAACAGAUCAUUUGGUUAAAGUUGUUGAUGGGCAGAUACUAUAUACUUGCAUUGUUUGCAAGCGUAGUUAUGUAACACUGUCUAGCCUUCGAAGACAUGCAAACGUGCAUUCCUGGAGAAGAACAUAUCCUUGUCACUACUGCAAUAAAGUAUUUGCAUUAGCUGAGUAUCGGACCAGGCAUGAGAUAUGGCACACUGGAGAAAGACGGUAUCAGUGCAUUUUCUGUCUGGAAACUUUCAUGACUUACUAUAUACUAAAAAAUCAUCAGAAGUCUUUCCAUGCAAUUGACCAUCGUCUCUCAGUAAAUAAAAAGACAGCCAAUGGAGGCUUAAAACCAAGUAUGUACCCAUACAAACUUUAUCGACUUUUACCUAUGAAAUGCAGGCGACUACCGUAUAAGUCCUACCGAAAUUCUUCAUAUGAAAACAUUCAAACAAGUAGCCAGGUUAACGAAACUGCUUCUUCUAACUGUUUCAUUCCAAGUUCUCUAAGCUCUGAGCUACCACCGCUGAAUUUUCAAAGUAAUAUAAUAGCAAACAACAGAACUCUUGCCUUGGAUACAUCUUCAUGUAAUGAUACAGCAUCUUCCACAAAUGCUCAGAAUUCUUCCUCUUGGGGAGUAGGUAUCUUAAAUUCUGACCUGCAAAGGGACUUUUUCACAGCUGAAAAAGGAGUUUCCCCUACUGUAAAUGACUCUGGUUCUCAGGAGUGUGAUUCCUCAGCUGUGCCUUUAACUAAUGUGAGUGAAAAUUCAACCUCUGUCAUCAGUUACAGCAGUUCUGCACCCUCUGUUAUAAUGCACAGCAGCAGAGUAUCAUCAGUAAUAAUGCACAGUAAAACAGUUGCUUCUGCAGAAAACAGUAAGACAGAAUCUUCAAAUAAUCUACCCAGUCAGUCUGUAAAUGAUGACUGUAAAUAUGGGUCAGAUAGUUAUGGGAAGUGCAUUACAAAAUCAAAAACUAUUAAGGAAAAAAAGAAAACACUGCUGUACAACAGAGCAGAAACAACUGAGGAUACGCAACACGUCACAGGAUCUGGAGGUUCAUCUGGCAAAACAACAAAUACUGUCCAAGAAUCGAGUAAAACUGAAACGUAUAUUGCAAAGCCUGCCUUACCUGGAACAUCUACUGACAGCAAUGUUGCACCUCUUUGUCAAAUAACAGUAAAAAUUGGUAACGAGGCUAUUGUCAAAAGACAUAUAUUAGGAUCUAAGCUGUUUUGUAAAAGGGGCCAAAAAUCUAAACAUGAGUCCAAACAAGACAACCUAACUGAGGAAUCAGAAGUGGAGAUAAAGGAAAGAAGCCCAUCUAGGCUCUAUAGCUCAGAAUGCGUGGAGCUGACAGAAAUGUGCGAUGACGUAAGUGACCAGGACUCCAGUGAUAAACCCUGGAGACCCUAUUAUAAUUACAAACCAAAAAAGAAAUCCAAACAGCUAAGAAAAAUGAAAAAGACCAAAUGGAGGAAAAAGCACGGAAGCAAGAACACUGUUAUGGAAAGCCACAACACAUGCAGUCGAGAGUAUGCACUCCGGAAUGCUCCUGAGGAAAAGGCAGUCAGUCAAGAAGAGAACAGAGAAAUGCCCAGUCUUCAUUGUGAGCUCUGUGAAAGAGAUCAGUCUUCCACUGCAGAAGUUCAAGAACACGUACACUGGCAUGUAGCUACUUCAAAGCCUUACAUUUGUGAAUUAUGCCAAAAACAAUUUCAAAGUCCAUCCACCCUAAAAAUGCAUAUGAGGAGUCACACUGGGGAAAAGCCCUACACUUGUAAAACCUGUGGUAAAUGUUUCUCAGUUCUUGGAAAUCUGCAGAAACAUGAACGUAUUCACCUGGGCGUCAAAGACUUUGUCUGCCAAUACUGUAAUAAGGCGUUCACUUUAAAUGAAACACUCAAAAUACAUGAAAGAAUUCAUACUGGAGAAAAACGCUACCAAUGUCAGUUCUGCUUUCAAAGCUUCUUGUAUCUUUCUACCAAGAGGAACCAUGAACAAAGGCAUGUCCGUGACCAUAAUGGAAAAGGAUACGCUUGCUUUCAGUGCCCCAAAAUUUGCAAGACAGCAGCUGCUCUGGGAAUGCACCAGAAGAAACAUCUAUUCAAAAGUCCAGGUCCACGAGAUAGAAAAGAACAGUUUUGCAAUGAAAGCACUAAACUUCUGGAAAAUCCACAUUUCCUUGGCUCAGAAGGAAGUGAAGUAAACAGUAUACAAAAUGUAACUCCAGAAGUUAUACUCUGAGUGACAGCUGUGCAAAAGAGAAGAAAAAUCCAAGGCUAUAUAUCAGAGAAAAUAUAGAUGCAUUGAUCAGGGAAACGUCUCCACUCAAAUUAGUAUCAUUUACUCAGAUCAAAUAUAGUUCGUCUAGAUAGGUGUCAAUAUAUGCAAAAGAAGGAAGAAUAACACAGAAAAGAAAAACCAGUAUUUGCAAUAAUACAAACUUAAUGUGAAAGACCCAAAAUACUUUUGCCACAAUACACUUCUAACAUGUAUAGAGAGAGAAAGAAAAAAAAUAUGACCAACCAAAACCCUUCUACUCAGCAUUACAGGAAACUAGUCACUGAACUAUUUUACAGUGCUGUUUUUGAGUCAGAAUCGCUGUAGGCAAAAUAAAUAUGUAGGUUCACAGUGUACUCUGUAAAAGGAAUUUUUGCUGCAGAAACUAUAUAUUGCAUUUUUUAAACAAAAUGUGUUUAUAAACAAAAUAAUUGUAAUCUAGUGUAUUCUAAAGUGAAAGUGGGAAAUGUUUAAUGAACUUGGGUAUGUUGAAGUACAGUUGAGUGCUGGUGUGUUUUUCUGUAACUCAACAUUUAUGAAACAUAUUCAGGAGUUUAAACCUCUUUUCCUUUCCGUAAUCAGUUUUGUAGUUACCAUAAUAACCAUUAAGUCUGAGUGCUUUUGUUGAAAGUAUUCCAGAUUUAUGAUGUCUCUGAGACAUUUAAUAAAGAUUUGGUGGAACUCACAAUAGCCAGUCUUCCAAACUGCAUAGAUUCCAAUGUCAGUGGCCUGGUAGAGCUAUUCGGGUGCAUUUGUCUAAAGAAAAUUGUUCUGAUGAGACAGCCUAGCUUAAAGAAAUUCUGUAUAUAAACAUCCACCUCCUGGUGGGUCUGCAGCUCCUGUCUUUUAGGAGUAUUAUUAUUCUCAGCAGAAGAAGAGGAGACUUAGACAGUCUUCCUCCUCAUCCUGAAAUAAUGCCAGGACAACAAAUGACAGAGCAGUUCCCCGUAAAUACUUUGAUUUUGUAAGGAGUAGGUAAAUACUCAGAUUCUUGCUUCCCUAUGUAUCCCUGAGGCACUCGCUCUUUAUAAACAGGGAUACGGCCAGUUUAUGGGGUUCCUCGUCAUCCCCAUGCCUUAAAUACAACAUCUAACCUUUGUAUGUCCCUCCUCAGUGAUCCCCCUAACCACGCCAGCAUCUGGCCCCAGGCAAGCAUUGUUGCAGUGUCCCUUGGCCCAGCACUGGGGGCCUGUGGCAGAGAGGGGCCUGGAAGGGGUUGCUGGAGGAAGGAAGCAGUGCUGGCCUUUCUGCCUCCCUCAUCUUGCCGCACCAAAGGGUUAUGGUGAGCCUCAUGGCUUCACAGUUUGGUAAGGAUUGGAAGAACAGGCUUCUGAAAGACAUCAUCAAAAUACUACAAUUAAUAUUAUUUUGUGAAAAAGUGAUUAAUUUUAACCGAGAUGAAGAGAUUUAAAAGAAGUCAGAGAGGAUGUAUGUCUACAAGUUGCAUUUUGUAUGAUAGGGCUCUGUUGUACUGUAUCUGCAUUUCCAGUUACUCAUGUAUGUUCAUCUCUGUGAAGUGUUAAAAAAAUCAAGUCAGGACAAAGGUUAGUGAUCCUCAACUUCAUUCUAUGUGCAAAUAUGGUACACAGUUUGUUUACUUACUUCGUCUUCUUGCAUAUUUUAAAAGAAACUAUAGCUUGGGUACAAUAAAACUGCAAUUGAAAUGAUAAUACAGUAUUGAUUGAAGUAAUAAUAUAGUCCACUUAUUUAUUCUAUCAUUGGUGAAUGCUAUGAACCCCUUGAGAUAUUUUGGUUUCAUGGCAGCUUUGGUUCCAUUCAAGUAAGGAUAAUAGAAGCAGAAACACAGAAAAGUACAAUGUUUCAAAGAAAGUACACAAAGAUAUCUUUUAAGUGGACUUGUAUGAUGAUAAUUAUAGACCAAAGCAAAUAAGGUAGAAUAUUUAUAAAGAUAAUUUUACAAAUAUUUUAUAUAACUGUAUAGUUCAUAAGAAAAAUAUUGAUAGCUUGUGUUAGGUUUGGGGGGGUUUGUAUAUUUUGAUAAAAACACAUUGACUUUGUAACUCUGUAUAUUCUCUACAGUUUAUAGCAAAGCAGUUUUAAGACGGCAAUGUCAUGUUUAUAGUUCAAUUGUGGCACUUUUACUACAAGUAAUAUGUUGCAGUAAUGAGUCAAGUCUUAAUGACCAAAUUAGAAUUAAAGUAAGUGUAAGAGAAAGUAAAUACUGUACGUUGUCAAAGACUGUAAUUUGCUACAUAACUGCAUCUGUAUUUUUGUUUAGAAGAAAAUAUUAAAUGCAGAUGUUACGGAUUGAUAAAGAGUCUAAUUUUAUUUUUAGAGAGUGAUUAUAACUCUGUUUUUGCUUAAUUAAAAUAACAUCUUCCUA